CUCCACGAGUGCAAAUGGUCCCUCGUGUCGUCCCCGACAACAGUACUGUCUCUCAUACCUCCACGCCCAUGUUGCCCGUAGCCAAUCCCCUUACACUGAUGGGCGGCGAAGAGAGCCUAGUGACGGGGGUGAUCGCCGUGGUGUUAACGGGGAUGUUGCUGGCGUACCUAUCUCUCUGCUGCCACGUGUGGGGUCUCCAUUUACGUCUACUGCAGUUGCUCAAAUGUGUUGGCUCCCACACUAACACUGGCAGCAGUAGUCAGAGCACGUCCACCUCCCUGCCUCUGAACGGGACACAGCUCACGGGCCCUGGAGGCACUGCUUAUUCCUGCACACCACCACCACGCUACUCUGAGGCGAUGGACUCCCUUCCCUCGUACAGCUCUGCUCUGAGGCGCUCGGUAACGAUGGUGGGCGGGCCACUGCACUGUCGUAUCACUGUGUGUAGUGUCAGUGAUAAUAACCUCAACAACUCUGUUUUUGUCACCAAUACUCCAAACUCACCCCACUCAGACCAUGACAGCAGCCCUAACUCCAUCCCACCCUACACCCCACUCAGUCACAUCCCCACUCAAACGACCACUAGCUAUACCCUGCCUUCCAGUUCUGCCAACAAUCAGUUUACCUGGAAAAUAUCCAAAUCUACUUUUCCUUACCCAGCCAACAAUCAUGGUUCUUUCAUUUUAACCAAUAACAGUCCCAGUGAGGUCACGAAUCUUACCCCUUCCAAUAUUAUGACCCAUGAUGCGUCUCAACACACUGUGACCAGUCCAGCCUUUCCUAACACUCUCACACGUGAGGGUGCUGGCACUGAAAAUCUUUGUGGAGCAAGAAACUUGAUGCAGGAGGUGAGUGGUGAGAGGGUGCACCAUUACCGCCUAGAGGACCAGCCCCACCACUCGGAGGACCAACCCCGCCACUCAGAGGACCAGCCCCACCACUCAGAGGACCAACCCUGCCACUCAGAGGACCAGCCCUGCCACUCAGAGGACCAGCCCCACCACUCAGAGGACCAGCCCCGACAACCCAAUCACACUCAGCCUCUGAACCAGGAGGAGGAACGGUCCUUGAGGCUGUGGGUGAGAGAUGGCGAUCAUGGUCAGCACCAGUUGAUAUAUGCUCGUCGCACACCUGACGAUCACUAUGUGGCAUACUGGACAUUCCUAUCCCAUGACCCUGACCACACUCAUCUCCAGGUGGUAGUGGAGGGUGGGUCAGUGAAUGCAGCAUUCCUGGAGCUGCUGGACAACCAUGGUAAUAAACUGGCUGUUAUGCCACUCACUGUGCUUCCCUCAGGCCCUGACUCAACUACUACCUUGGUCACAGCAUUAUCUACCAUGUCAAUUACUGCAUCAUCCCUCCCUCCUUCUGUUCCAACUGUUACACUGACUACCUCACUUCCCACUCAAUUAAUGCUCCCCUCACCUCUUUCCCUGACUUCUAUGUCCUCUGCAUCCUCUUCCUUUCCCCCAACAACCGCAUAAAAUUAUUUUUGUUAUCUGCACCAUUUCAUGAAGAUCAUCCCUACUUUCUACCCUGUACAAAUUUUUGAUCGUAUAAUACUGUACUGCUUUCUCAAAAUAGUUCCUCUUCUGGAAACUGUUUUGAAUUGCUCUGUUGUUACUACAGUAAUCCCCGCAAUGUAUUUAUGAUGGGACACUAAGUUGUGUAGAUGGAGGGCAGAGGACUGAAGAAAAUACAGGAAAAUACCUUUGUGUGAUCUCAUUCCACUGGAUGGGUUGAGAGUAGAACUGUCCUCCCUCAGCUUGAUGAACUGUGUUUUGAAUUGUUUUAGAUAUUUAAUAUACUGUACAGUAUACAUAGUGCAGCUAUUUUUCUACAGUUUUAUAUAAGUAUUUUUUUGUCAAGAUGGAUGUAAGCAGUACUUUUAUCACAAUUAUUAAUAAAAAUAAUAAUCAUGCUUCAGUAAUAUUUUUACUAUAAAUGGCGCCACUUACGAAGACACUAACUGAAUGAAUGUGCCAUAUUGGUUGUUUAAUAUUUGCUCUCAAUAAUACUCGGCUAUGUUCUCUCCUUUUAAGCUGAUUUAUAUGACAAUUUCCCUCUGCUCGAGAUGAAGAAUUUGAGUAAUUGUUAGGCUCUUGUAAUGCAUUUAUAUACCGGUAGGUACUUUAUUCAAUAAUAUAACUUUCUGUGCUUUAACUAAAGGUUAUGUUGCUUAUCUAUUUUCUCUUUUUAGUACAAGAUAAAGGAUAAAUCUGGUCCCCAUUAUUCGCUGGGGUUAAAUUCUAAAAAAUGACAGGUAAAAACUAAAAUUCUGUAAUUAACAGUUGGAAAUUUUUCACCAUAACAAUUAAUGGAAUAAGGGAGGAUUACAUUCCUAUUUGUCGCUAACAUCAUUGAUGAGACGAAAGGGGGGAGAUUUCUGCCUUAAGAACUACAGUAAUGUUAUAAUGGCAGUAUAGUACACCAUGUGUCUAAAGUGAACCUAAAACUCCAGUUACCAAUACAUUGUGUAUAAAUUUAUAAGUAAAUAAAUAUUUUAACAUA